GAGAGCCCGGCCAGAGCUCAGCACUGCUCAGGGGCCCGCCAUGUCGGCCAACGCCUGGGUGGGCAGCUGGAGGCCCCACCGACCCCGGGGUCCCAUCGCGGCUCUCUACAGCGGCCCCGGGCCCAAGUAUGGGCUCCCCACCAACGUCGGCUACCGUCUGCACGACCCCUCCCGCGGCCGCGCGCCCGCCUACAGCUUCGGGGUGCGCACGGGGGGGCGGCAGGAGGACCGCUCCCCUGGGCCAGUGUACCUGCUGCCCCCCGGGACCACCGCCAAGGGCAAGGACGGGACCCCCGCUUUCUCCAUCUACAGCCGCCCCCGCGACCUGCCACCCAUCCGCACCCCCGGGCCAGGGUGCUACUCCCCGGAGAGGGCCGGCAGGUUGGCUUUCCCCUCUGCACCCGCCUGCUCCCUCCGCUCCCGCACCAGGCAGGGCAUCAUCUACCAGACGCCAGGCCCCGCAGCCUACCGGCUGCCCCCCAUGCUGGGACCCCGCGUGGUGAGCAAGAGCUCGGCCCCCAACUACUCCAUACCGGGACGCAGCAACGUCGGUGCCUUCUACGAGGACCUGUGCAAGACGCCGGGCCCCUGCAGAUACCGCGUGGUGGACGCCGACGUCUACAAGCGGCGGGCGCCGCAGUACAGCAUGCUGGCACGCAACCCCCUCCCCGGGGACACCACCACCAAGCCCGGACCCGGCGCCUACAGCCCCGAGCAGCAGGGCCGGCAGCGGGGUCUGACCUUCGGGAUCCGGCACUCGGACUACCUGGCUCCCCUCAUCGUGGAUGUGCCCGACUAGGGAGGGGGUGCGGGGCGGCCGUGGGGCCACGGGCAAUGGAGACAACCGAUGCCAAAAGAUCGUUGCCUUCAGCCAGAGUCGCUCUCCUGCUCUCCUCGCGUCCUGCCGCGUCGCCCGGCCGGGACUGCCCCGUCCCGCUCGGCCCUGGGUUGGGCAGCACCACCCGGACACCGCGGCCAUCCCAGGGGGGUCGGGGAGCACUGGCCCCCCGCGAGCUGCCCUGUGCCCUUCUGUCCCAGAGGAGACCCUGGCGAGGCCACAGGGAGGGAAGCAGGGCUGAGCUCUGGCCCCAUAGCCCCACAACUGGGGCAGUGCAUGCCAGGGAUGGAGGAUGUGCUGCCCACAUGGGUACCAGCCCUCUCCCUGCUCCAGCCCCAUCCCCGCCACCUGCCCGGAGCACCCGGCUGACACUUUCUGGCUGGUCAUGCUAUCCCAUCCCAUCCCAUCCCAUCCUGUCCCACUCCAUCCCGUCCUGUC